CAUGGAGGAGGCCGCGGGCCUGGGGGGCCCCGACGGCAAGUCUGGCCGCUGGAGGAGGCUGCAGCCCCGCAUGUGGGCGCUCUUCGAAGACCCCUACUCCUCCAGAGCCGCCAGGUUUAUUGCUUUUGCUUCUUUAUUCUUCAUCCUGGUUUCAAUCACUACCUUUUGCCUGGAGACCCAUGAAGCUUUCAAUAUUGUGAAAAACAAGACGGAACCAGUCAUCAAUGGCACAAGUGUUGUUCUACAGUAUGAAAUCGAAACGGAUCCUGCCUUGACCUACGUAGAAGGCGUGUGUGUGGUGUGGUUUACUUUUGAAUUUUUAGUCCGUAUUGUUUUUUCCCCCAAUAAACUUGAAUUCAUCAAAAAUCUCUUGAAUAUCAUUGACUUUGUGGCCAUCCUACCCUUCUACUUGGAAGUGGGACUCAGUGGGCUCUCUUCCAAAGCUGCUAAGGAUGUACUUGGCUUCCUCAGGGUGGUAAGAUUUGUGAGGAUCCUGAGAAUCUUCAAGCUCACCCGCCAUUUUGUAGGUCUGAGGGUGCUUGGACAUACUCUUCGAGCUAGUACUAAUGAAUUUUUGCUGCUGAUAAUCUUCUUGGCUCUGGGAGUUUUGAUAUUUGCUACUAUGAUCUACUAUGCCGAAAGAGUAGGCGCUCAACCUAAUGACCCUUCAGCUAGUGAGCACACACAGUUCAAAAACAUCCCUAUUGGGUUCUGGUGGGCUGUGGUGACCAUGACUACAUUGGGCUAUGGGGAUAUGUACCCCCAAACUUGGUCAGGGAUGCUGGUAGGAGCCCUGUGUGCUCUGGCUGGAGUGCUGACAAUAGCCAUGCCGGUACCUGUCAUUGUCAACAACUUUGGGAUGUACUACUCCUUGGCAAUGGCGAAGCAGAAACUUCCACGGAAAAGAAAGAAGCACAUUCCUCCUGCCCCUCAGGCAAGCUCACCUACUUUUUGCAAGACCGAAUUAAAUAUGGCCUGCAACAGCACACAGGGUGACACCUGUCUGGGCAAAGACAAUCGACUUCUGGAACAUAAUAGAUCAGUGCUAUCAGGUGAUGACAGUUCGGGACGUGACUCGCCAUUAUCACCCCCCGAAAGGCUUCCUAUCAGACGCUCUAGUACCAGAGACAAAAACAGAAGAGGGGAAACGUGUUUCCUACUGACGACAGGGGAUUACACAUGCACUUCUGAUGGAGGGAUCAGGAAAGGAUAUGAAAAAUCUCGAAGCUUAAACAACAUAGCGGGCUUGGCAGGCAAUGCUCUGAGGCUUUCUCCAGUAACAUCACCCUACAACUCUCCUUGUCCUCUGAGGCGUUCUCGAUCUCCCAUCCCAUCUAUCUUGUAAACCAAACUGCACCAGUCGGCUAAAUUGUAUUACUUCAAGUACUGUCUACUCUAUAAUGGAAAUAAUUAAACAUAGAAUUACUCCAGCCUCCAUUAAUACAGUACAAAUCUGCAUGAUGUUAUUUGAAGUCAGCAAAUGCCACGUGGGUAGCUAACGAAUCUUAUCCUGGUUUUAAAGGCCAUCUAAAGUAGUGGUACUAUUUCUCCAUAUGAAUUGCCCAGAUCUCCUUUCACAAUAAAAUAACAGGUAGUAUCAGAUACUGGCCAGUACACUAAUACACAAACAUAUUUUCAGGGAGAUAUAUUUAAAACAGUGUGCUUCCAAAUGCCAGCCACUUCACUGGACCAUCAUUUCUUUGACUCUCUAAACCAUUCUGAAGAUGUCUGGGAUCCUGUCUUGCUUGCAUACAACAUGACUUUGGUCAGCUCAUUUGCAUGGACCAUCUUGUCUCUAUCACCUGAAAGCAGUGUCACAGAGUUCAGAGAUCAUGGAGGCUCAGGGAGGACAAUUAUCACUUUUAUUCUUGGCCACGUAACUUGUAUUACUCUAUAUCCCCAAGUCCUAGAGCAUGACCUGCAUGUCAGAGAUCUUGUACAGCAAUGUAUUUACCCAGACAUACACAUCUGAUAUUUAGAGAUUCAGUGAUCCUCUUGAUAACACCACACAUAGAAAAGCUAUAAUUGCACACAACUUUAUGGUAAAGGAAUUCAUAUGCUGUCUGGUGCUGCUGUUAUUGACUGCAGUGUUGCACAGAAUUUAUCAUGGAUUUUUGACUGAUGAAAAAGGGACAUUGGAAUUUAGCCAUAGCAAGGACUGUACUGGAAACAGACUUCUGCUGUUGAAUGUGCCCUGAGGUAACCAGAUUGCACUUGGAAGAUGUCCCGGUGUCUUCAUGCAGCAUUCAAAGCUCAUAAAAGAACUGUGGCUGGAACUCAUUUGGUGCUCCCCAUAGGAGUGGUCUGCUGUGGACUGGCCUGUGUCAGUGAAACAACUGUAAAUACCAACAUGUGUGCAUGGGUCAAUCGCAUUUGGCCAUCUCACAUCAAAGGAAGCCAAAUUCAUGAUCCACGUCUCUGAAGCUUCAAGUAUGGCCCAUACCUCUGUGAAUGACCCUCCAUUGGCCUGCGGUAGAUUGUGCUAUGAAUCAUACAAGGCAGUGAUUUGGGUGUAGUAUCAGUCUGUCUUAAUUUCCCUUAUUUCUCCUUUUUGGUUGGAUCCAUGAACAUGGACUGUAUAAUUUUCUUAUAAACCACUUAUGUUAUCAGCUUGUCAUAUUACGUUGUGAAUUUUUCAGUGCCUAUUUAUCAAAACUGACCUGUUUUUAGUCAUGUAUUUGUUUAAUUUUGGAAAAUUGCUAUGACAGAAAACACACACACUCAACAACAUUAUUCAUAGACUUUUGUCAUUGUUACCUCAAUUAUAAAAACUAUAGAAAAAAUUCUGGCAAUGAGAGUAUUUUUUUACUAAAUGAUCAAGGAGCAAUGUUGGUAUAUAGUAGAAUAUUAAUCAAAUUAUAUCCUAAAAUGUAUAUUUUGCAUAAAAGAGAUAUUCUUCAAUCAAUUACUUUUUUUGUGAGUUUUGUGACAAACGAAGCUUGUACUUGUCUUUAAAACUGUUGUUGCUGAAACUGUAUAAUUAUUCUUCGUCUUGCUUAAUCAAUAUUUCUAGAAUCUAUUCAUUCCCCUGGGAUUCUGAAUAUAACAUAUAACAUAGUUAUGAACCCCUGUAUUGUGGACCUUUUGUGAGCAUUUCGAGGUGCAUGUACAACCUUGGUGAUAACCACGAAAAUGUAACUAACUGAAAUGCAGAAUAAAAGGCAAAUAAGUUGGGGAUAAGCUUGAAUCUCAUCUGAUUAAAUUAUUCAUAUUCUUCUCUGUGUUUUGGAGUUUUCGACAGGCUUUAUUAUUUUUAUGCUUCAUGGUACCAAACAAGACACUCACACAUAAGAAAGAUAUUGGGAUGAAAGGAUUUAUAAAUAUACACAACUCGCUUUCAUUCAACUCUCAAGCACGUAGCCAGUGUUUCUCUCUUCUAAGUGCUUUGUCUAUCUAAAUUUCCUUAUCAUUUGAGACAGCCAAAUUAUGAAUUAUUAUGGUAUUUGAUAUUUAUAUGGCAUUUUAUGAUUAAC